UCAAGUCUUUUCAGGUCAAGUUUUAGUACUUUUUACAAUACACUUUAGUAUGCAAUAAAUAGUAUAAAAAAGUACCAAAUAUUUGUGUUUCUUAUGCAAUGUAUAGCAAACACGUGUUGUUUUGCUAUUUAAAUGCUGUUUAGUGUUUGAUAUAAUUAAGAGACUAAUUACAAGACAUUUGGUCUCAACAAUGGGUAAAAUCCGUCGAAAAGGUCAAUCCGGCGCCAGAGUGGCGUUCGUGACCAGAGGUCAAGCCAUACGAAGACUUCAAUUGUCACUUAAAGACUUCAGACGAAUAUGUAUACUGAAAGGCAUACAUCCGGUGGAACCGAAAAACAAGAAGAAAACCAAUUCAACCGGCAGUUCAUCCAAUAAGACAUAUUAUCUUCACAAAGACAUUCAAUAUCUAUCACACGAACCAAUUAUAUGGAAGUUCUGGGACUUCAAAAUUUUUAUGCGACGAGUCGUCCGCGCGAAGGGACGCAAAGACUCGGAGUCAGUGAAGAGGAUUCGUGAGAAUAAGCCGUUCUAUAAAGUGGAUCAUAUCGUUAGGGAAAGAUAUCCGACUUUUAUCGACGCCCUCCGAGACAUUGACGAUGGUCUUAGUCUAUGCUUUUUAUACGCAAUGUUUCCAAAGUCGCGGUCACUGCCUCUCGAGUUGAUUGAACUGAGCCGACGGUUGACACUUGAGUUUCUGCAUUAUGUUAUCGAAACCAAGGCUUUGCGUAAAGUCUUUAUAUCCAUAAAAGGCUAUUACUAUGAGGCGGACAUUAGUGGCCAAACUGUCCGAUGGGUGGUUCCGCACCAAUUUGUUUUCGAUCGCAUAUCUGAUGUCGACUUUCAAGUGAUGCGAACUUUUGCUGAAUUUUAUGUCACUUUAUUAGGUUUUGUUAAUUACAAACUCUAUGCCAACAAUUCAUUAGUAUAUCCACCGAAAAUUAUCGAUAAAUCGGUUACGGAAUUGGAGGACAUGGAUAGCGAACAAUUAGUCGCUGCACUUAAUAAGCCAUUGACUAGUUUUAUAAAUUCAGAUCAAUUAACAAAAAUAGAUGACUUUGAAGAAGACAUCGAAGAGAAGAAUAAUUCGUCUGAGUUGUCAUUCCAUCAAUUGGUUAAAUUUCAGAAUUUAUUUAAAGGAUUUAAGUUUUUUCUAAAUCGAGAGGUUCCGCGCGAAUCACUUGUAUUUGUUAUAAGAUGUUUUGGAGGAGAAGUUUCAUGGGAUAAGUCACUACACAUUGGAUCCACUUUCGAUGAAAAUGAUGAAACAAUUACUCAUCAAAUUGUCGACAGAGAGGAAAUUAAAUCGAAAUAUAUGAAUCGUUUUUAUAUUCAGCCUCAAUGGGUGUUUGACUGUAUCAAUGCACAGAUAUUACUUCCAGUUCAACAAUACUUUAUCGGAGCUAAAUUACCGCCACAUUUGUCUCCAUUUGUUACCGAAUCUGAAGGAGAAUAUGUUCCUCCAGAAAGAUUGGCGCUCAAGAAAUUGCAAUCAAAUGAAUUUGAAUCUAAUGAUAAUGAAGAUGAAAAAGAGUUGCAAGAAAGUGAUGAAGAAAUACCUGAACCAAAGCCUAAAAAGAAAAAGACAGACAAUGAAAGUAAAGACAACGAAAUGUCAGUCAGACCAGGACUUGUGGUCAAAGAAGAUAAGGAAAGAUUGCGAAAACAACAGGAAAGCGAAGAGAAACGAUUGGCAGUUCUUAUGAUACCUAAGAAGAAAAAGAAGUUAUAUUCGAAGAUAAUGUUUGGAAAGAAGAGAAGUGUCAGAGAAGCUGAAAAACUUAAGACUAAAAGGAAAGAAUACGACAGAAAACAUAAAUAAUUUAAUGUUUUUACACAAGAAUUUAUGGACUAUUUUUUGUGAAUUUAAUGUAUGCAUUAAUUUUAGUAAAUCAUUAAAAAGUUAUUAUUUUAAAUAAAUCAUUCGUUUUAAAUACACAAAUGAUAUCUG